AUUGGUCUUUGAACAAGCCCUAAGAAUAAAAGAUCGAAUCCAAGUAAUAAGUAACAUAACCUUUGCAUGCUUUGCAAAUGCAAUACCUAUAAUAUGUAGUAGUUAGGUACAAAAAAGGAUAUAAAGCGAAUCAAGUUUAACAUAAGUGAUCUAAGGUUCGACCGACGACCAGUGUCUCUUUACUGAAUUGUUAUUUAGCAAUGAUUGAUGCCAGUAAUUUCGUAGUUCGUAUGCACUACCACAAGCCAGUGUGACUAGUGCCUAGUGCAAUAAGUUGAUAAAAACAUUUCAAGAUGGAGCAACAAGCCACUGCAUCUAUGUGUGACACAGGCUUUCUCAUAGAACUUAAGGAGGAAAUGUUAGAUGACCCAGAGUGGCCCGAGGUCUCUCUUGUCUAUGACAAGAACUUUAUUGUACCCAAAGACGAAUUAUCCAACACACAUCAGCACUUAGUCACUGCAGAUUCCGACCAACCAAUGAUCAACAUAGUAAAACCAAUUAAAACAGAAAGGAUAUUAAGUAAAGAUAUCACUGAGUUGCAAAAAUUAUUUAAGUCAUCUGAAGAUACAAAAACGACAUUUUGUAACACGGAUGCCUUAACAUUAUGUUAUAUGAGGACACAUGUUAAAUGGGAACCUUCUCAAGCUGAGGAAAGUUUGGACAACCACCGACCAGUCGAUGACAAAAAAACCGAACACGAGUCACAAGAAUUUGAAGAUUUGCUUCUUGAAAAAAGAUUUGAAUGCUGCCAUUGUGAAUACACUACUAACUAUAAAGUUCAUUUGAUAAAACAUUUACGUACAAAACACAGCAGUACAAAGCCAAAAAAAACUCCAUUACUGUUGCACAUGAGGACUCACACUGGUGAACAAUCUUAUUCCUGUAAAUAUUGUGAUUAUAAAUGUUCAAAUUCAGGUCGCCUAAAAUUACACAUGAUGACUCACACUGGAGAGAAACCCUACCAUUGUAAGCAUUGUGACUAUAAAUGUCUUAGAAGUGGUGGCCUAACAGUUCACAUGAGGAUUCACACUGGAGAAAAACCUUACCAUUGUGAGGUUUGUGAUUAUAAAUGUGUUCAUAAAGGUAAUCUAAAAAAGCACAUGAGGAUUCACACUGGAGAGAAACGUUACCACUGUGAGCAUUGUGACCAUAAAUUUCGUACAAAAGGUAAACUAAAAAUACACACGAGGAUUCACACUGCAAAGAAACCAUGUCGUUGUCAAUAUUGUGACUAUCAAGUGACACAAUCAAGUAAACGAAAAGACAAGGGAACUUAUACUGCCAGUAUGACUUAUUUCCGUAAAUACUGUGGCUUUGAAUGCUCACAACCAUGUACACUAAAAUACCACAUGAUGCGUCACACUAGUGAGAAAAGCUAUCAUUGUAAGCUAUGCGAUUUUAGCUGCUUAUCUCAAAGUGGCCUACAACUUCACAUGAGCACUCACCCUUAUAUCUGCGCGUAUUGUGAUGGACACAGAACUGCGCCAGCGCAGCUUCCGCGUGGUAGGUGUAUGCCAGCUGGAACUGUUUACGCUGGCUAAGGAUGUUGAACUAAAAUAUAUACGUACAGUAAUAAUAAUAAUAAUAAUAAAUUUACUUAUUUA